UUGAUAGAUUGUUGAACAUAGAUUUGAUACGUUUUACAUUAGUCGAGUAUUUGGGUUAUUCGGUUACUAGAUUAAUAGAUUAUGAAUGUUUAUUUCAAGAAUAGCUCAUUUGUGAGGUCAAUAGUACCUUCAAUUAAAAGCGUUGCACCGGCGAGAAGAUAUAUAAAGCCACCAACCUAUUUCUCAAAUGAUGUUUCUCCAGUUCAACAACAACAGCAACAACAGCAACAACAAGCACAGUCUCAGUUACAAUACAAUGAACAUUUAAGAAACACAAAAUUUUUUAGUGUCAAAGAUUAUGGAUUCGGCUUGUUGUUGAUCAGUUUUAUAUACUUUUCAUUUGACAAUUAUUUGAAGGCAAAGGAAUUGGAAGGAAAAGUAGUGGAACAAAUCAAUAAUAAUCAUAAGGCUCUAGCGAUUGCACAAAUGUCUUUUAACAAAACCAGAAAGAAAAGAGAAAUGCAAAUAUUAAACGAGAGAAGCAAUAAUCAAAAAAGAGAAAUGAAGAUGGUUUUACAUGUUGCAAUGCUCAGAAAACAAUUGAGAGAUAAUGGAAUUGAGCCAGUUAAUAUCGACGAUGCUACAGCUGAGUUUGAGAAGAAUGUGAAAAUGGAGAACUCGAUGAGCAAUCUCUCAGGAACCAGUUUGUGGGUUGUUGACGACGCGCCCAUAAAGUCAUUUGUUCCCAACAUCCAUGAGUAUGACAGAAGAAAGUCAUGAGCACAAGACUACUGGAGGCCAUUGAGAAGAGCACAUUUUCUCCCAGAUGCUGUAAAUAAAGUACUUAUAUUCGUAGCCACUACAUAUCUACAUACUCUCUCAUCCAUAGCUCGCUGUGUCCUUCGUCUCUUCUCUUCCGAAGACCUAAAAAGAAAGACCGGCACAGAAUUACCCUUCCGCGCACCACCGGUAUAAAUAGCUUCGUUUCUCCUGCUUCUUCUCCAUCCUCUUCUUUUUCUU